ACCGAAAGUUGAUGUGGUAUUUUUGCUAGUUAAACUGACACUGCUUCUAGAAAUUCCUCUUUGCUUCUGCUCACAUUCAAAUAUUUAUUAUAGAAUUUUUAUGUGGCCUCUGCUUUAGUAUGUUACAUAACUUCUUCUAAGCACCUCAUGUUGUAGAACUUGGUUUUGUUCAGUUGAGAAUGGAUAAGAGUUGGAUGCGAGCAACAAGGUCUUCCGCCGAGUAUUCUGAAGGAACUAGCAACUUCAUAAAAUUUGCUUUUCGUACGUCAGCAAAAAAAAAAAGGAUUCUGUGCCCUUGCAAGAUAUGUGUAAACUCUCAUUGGUUAGGUGAACUUCAAGUCUAUGAUCAUUUGAUUUAUGAUGGAUUCAUGGCUGGAUAUACCACAUGGAUUCAUCAUGGAGAAAGUAUGCGGCCCUCCGAAACAACUUCAGGUCCUAGUUCACAGUUUGAAGAAUAUGCUGAUAGUGAUGAGAUGGAUGAGAUGCUACUGGAAGGAUUUGGGAUGUACGAUACUUGUACUUUAGGAGAGGAGCAAGAGUCUGAAGAUGACUUGGACGAUGAUGUUGAAGCAUACUAUAGAUUAGUUAAUGAUGGACGCCAAGAGAUGUACCCAGGUUGCAAAAGAUUCUCGAAGCUUCAAUUUUUGGUGAGGUUGCUUCACAUCAAGAAUAUGAGGGGAAUGAGCAAUGUCUGCUUUGAUGAGGUAUUCACAAUAAUUAAGGAGGCACUUCCAGAAGGUGAGGCCUUGCCCAAAAAUUUUCAUGGGGACAAAAAGUUUGUGAGAGCGAUUGGUAUUGGAUAUGAUAGUAUAGAUGCAUGCAAAAACGAUUGCUUUCUAUUUAGGAAGGAGCAUGCUGAUGCCAUAUCAUGUCCAGUAUGUGGCACAAGUAGAUGGAAGAGCGUAAAUACUGGAGUUGAUGGAAGGCGUGUCCACAAGGUGCCUCAAAAGGUGGUUCGUCAUUUCCCGCUAAAGAAGAGACUCCAAAUGUUGUUCGCUUCUACAAAGAUGACAUCAGAUAUGAGGUGGCACAGCGAAGGCCGAACAAAGGACGGCUUGAUACGACACCCACCUGAUUCACCUGCAUGGAAACACUUUUAUGCUAUUCACAAAGACUUCAGUUCAGAAGAUUGCAACGUUAGAUUUGGAUUGGGAGCUGAUGGUUUCAACCCUUUUGGAUAUAUGAAUCUCUCAUAUAACAUAUGGCCAUCUUGAUCCCCUACUGACGAUGACAUGUACCUAGGGUAUGGUCAUAGGCGACCUAGACGCCCUACCCAAGGACACAGCCCUAGAGUCAAAGACAUUUGAAGUACAACAUAAGAUACCGACUGAAAUCACCUUGGAGUGCAAUCCACUCGACCAUCUAUUCCACUCGGAUACUCCAAUUCCACUCGACCAAGAAAGAGUCACUCGAACAUACGAAGAAUCACUCGGAGAGAUCUAAAGCCACUCCAGGAUGGCAACAGACAUGCGUUCACUCUGUAGUCUUAAAGGCCAUUAAUAGUCAUUUAUAGAGGGCGUUACUAGUAACGCCCCUGUCUUAACUAACAUUGAACCCUGUGUAACCGAGGGCUAGAGGGGUCUGGCACACUCUAUAUAAGCCACCCCCCUCCUCAGGCACAAGGGUUCGCACACCCUGUAACUCGCGUGUACAAUCUCACCGUAGCUAGGACCUUGCCUCCUCUUACGUACCCCUAUUCUUACUGACAGAUUUAGUACCACGACAGUUGGCGCCCACCUUGGGGCAGGCGUCUUAGCGACUUCCGGUGAUUUUGCAGUUUUUCCGAUCUCCAUCAACAUGGUUUCCGGCGGUGGUUUGGCCAUGGGCCACGAGAUCCGUCUUGGCGCACUCGUCUUCGUCGCGGACGACUCCGCCUGGCUCCAAGAGGCCCCCCUCGAUGUCGAGGCCCUUCCGGGCCGUGGGGCAGCGCACUUCUGCACGAGUGCCUGCGGCGUCCUCCUACGUCAGCCGUCGACCCAGUAUCGGUCGGCUCCCGUGUCAUAUGCUCCUCCCGCUGUACGCUGAUACGUCUCCAACGUAUCUAUAAUUUUUGAUUGUUCCAUGC